UUUCUAACUACUAUCAUAAAAAUAUUGUUAUUAAAUCAAGCAUUUCACAGCUUUAAAUAUGAGAUUUAACCAACCCCUUCUAGCCAUGUGUGGUAUUAUUACCUUGGCUGCAUCCGCAACUACUUCGUUUCCUGCUAAUUUUACUUUAUUAUCCACCCUUGAUAACUCAGUACUUACCACAGAUGGUUGGGGUAUCUAUGACAGCGCCCUAGAAACCAUAUUGACGUUAUCUCCCUAUAAAGGCGGCACCAUCGGAUACGGGCCCUACGGUCAGGCGCUGGCUGUGCUAGCCGAUGAGACCUCAGUUGCAUGGAUCAUUCAACUUCAGGCAGAGCCUGAGGCUAUCGACACGGUGACUGGGUGGGGAGUCUCGGAUGAUGGGUUCCUUAUGCUGAACGGAGAGCAGCUGUGGGCAUUUAAUGAGAGCUCCGCGGAGCCAAGGAGGCUGUAUUGGGCUGGUAAGGGGAAUGAGCAGGGCAUGGUCAGUACACAGCUAUUGGUGCAAAGUGUGAUGUGACUGAGACAGGGCUUGGUGCUUACUGCAAUACUUGGAGGUAUUCCACCCACUACUUGAAUGCGCGAGUACUACCAUGGGCAUAGAUGCUUCAUAACAAAAUCUUAUACGUCACAAUAUAUAAACGAGUAACGUUGAAGUAAAGAGACUAUAAUAUAGAAGAUGC